GGGCGGAGAGCGUGCCUAAAUACUCGCGUUCGGCCAUUUUGUGGGAGAAGCCGCAGCGCCGCCUCCUCCUUCGGGUGUCCUGUGCUUGCUGCCGCUGCCGCCGCCGCCUCCCGCCGCCGCCGCUGCUCCGCCGCCUCCGUCGCCUCCGUCGCCGCCCUCCGCCCGCCUCCGCUUCGCUCCCCGCUCCCGCCGCCUUCCCUCCUUUACUUAUCUCCUCCUCCUUAGCCCCCACAGCCUCCUGACACAGGGUCCUCUCGGGCGCGCCCCGCCGGCAUUUUAUCCCCUCACCGGCCUCUCACUAAUAUCGCAUGUCCACUAUCCAGAACCUCCAAUCUUUCGACCCCUUUGCUGAUGCAACUAAGGGUGACGCCAUACUCCCGGCAGGGACUGAGGAUUACAUUCAUAUAAGAAUCCAACAACGAAACGGCAGAAAGACGCUGACCACUGUUCAGGGAAUUGCGGAUGAUUAUGACAAAAAGAAACUUGUGAAAGCUUUCAAAAAGAAAUUUGCUUGUAAUGGUACUGUGAUUGAACAUCCUGAAUACGGUGAGGUUAUCCAGCUUCAAGGUGACCAGAGAAAGAACAUUUGCCAGUUCCUCCUGGAGGUUGGCAUUGUCAAGGAGGAGCAGCUUAAGGUUCAUGGUUUCUAAAAUGAGCAAAAACACAUGAAGUAUUUCUUGAGUAGUUUUGUUCUCCAAGCCGAAUUGGCUACCUUGUGAAAUGAGUCUCUGCAGUAAACGGACUUUUCUUUUAUUUAGUCGUUCAAAGUUCCAUUCACAUCUGCAUGAUUACAGGAAACAUGUCUGUAGGCUAGUAACACAUAAGAAAAUUGCAGUAAGAUGGUAACUAAGCUCUUUAUUCAUCCUAACACAUUUCCAAUGGAAAAUAUUUUGUUUUGAGUGUUUAUUGUUCAGUUUAUUACUUUUCACUUGAUUUAAAAUGUUUUUGUUAUAUUAAACCAUGUAUGUUGCAGCUUAACAAUAAAAAAAAAGCUUAUUAACACUUUUGUGAGCAGUUAUGCUCCCAAGUUUAAACAAGACCCAAGUUACAAGCACUUUUUUUUAAUGUAAACUUUCUCAAAUAAAUGGAUUCCUCCUUCAGCAAGUAGUUCUUUCCAAGAAUAGUUAAACUUUAUUGUGUGACAUUGGAAGCUAAUCAGCUGAGCACUGAAGGAAAAGGGAGCGUUAAAUAUAAUCUUAAGCUAAUUUCCCCUUAUUAACAUAAUGGCACAUUCCAUGACUAUUCUUUGUUUACUGACUAUAAAAUUCUUGGAAUAAGUAAGUGUAGUACAUAGCUGAACUCUAUCAUCAGUGCCACAAUUCAGUUCCUUGUUAAUUAAAAAGUUGUUACUGGAAUUGUGCUACUGUCAUAUGAAAAUUAGUAUCAUCUUUGAAUCUUUGCUUUUAUGUGUUUUAUGGCUCAUGCCUUAAAAAAUAAGAAGCCAACCUUUCCUUAUUCUGAUAGACUAUUCUGAAAAAUAAGGAAAAGGAGUAGAGAGUCAAUUGAACAGUCUGAGAUAAAUUGGAAGUGUGUGGAAUUGGGAUGAUGUGAUGGGGGGGUUUGUGCCAUAACACGUAGAAAUGCACUACUUCUCUACCUGGUUAUUAAAUUGUAAUGGAGACAUAGCCCCUCUGUUUUUUGUCAAGUGAAUUGUUAAUAUGGUUGCAAAGUAUUCAAGCAGAACAGCCAAAAGAACUGGACCCAAAUGUAUAAGCUAUUAAAUAAUAAACUCUGAGGACAGGGACCUUGCUUUUGUAUUCUCCAUAGUGAUGUGAACAUACAUAGUAGGUGCCUGAUAAAUAUUCAUCAAAUUAAUAUAGUGAGUCAAUUUUGGUUUAAUAGAAGGUUCUGUGAAAUGUAUAUUCUAUCACAUUGUGUGCCAGCUGAACCUAUGUCCAUAAUCUCGAUAAGUAUACUUGCCUCCUUCAUAAAUUCAUUAUGUUCACCCAUGAUUUUUAUAAAGGGAGGGGGGAGCCUUUUUGGUUUUUGUUAAUGGAAUAAAAUAUUAGAAAUAAGACUUAACUAUUCACUUUAUAGUUAAGUUUGGAAUUUGCAAUGUGGUUAAAGAUCUCUGGAAAAUACUUAUCUCUGGAAUCAACAGUCUGGUUAUGUGCCAUAUAAAUGUGAUACGUCCAUUUUAAAUAACUGAGAGUUGUAUUUAUUUUCAUGUAUACCAUAAUAUACAUUAGUGAUCUUUGAGCUGUAUUUGAGGACUCCCUUUUUUGCACUUUUCUCAUUCUAUAAUGGUUUUCACAGACGUAUUGUUUGAAAUGAAAACAUUUUUCUUUAUUGAGUUGA